AUGAAUGCACAUCUGUACGGCAUCUACUUGUCCAAUAUCUCUCCCUUUUCAAACAAACUACACGAUUCGUUGUUCGAUGAGUUUGGCGAGGAUCUUGAUGAAUAUAUUAAACUUCCCAAGGCGUGGGUGGAGGCACAAGCGAAUGGCGGCAAGUGGAACUACACUGUGUUGGAUGGAGGAAAUCAGCUGCAUCGGUUCUUACUGGACGGAAAGAAACAGUCGCUGGAUCUUGCAGAGGCAGACUAUGUUAUCAAAGGCUCUCGAGAAAAUCCAGAGGACGAAUACAAUAUAAACUUCACCAGCCAAGGGAGUUACUUCCACUACACAACUGAGGAAAAUUUAGAUCAGAUCAUUGAAUCGGGGUACAUCAAGUCAAACAGCAAACACAAGCAGUUUUCAGGAAUUCACGAGAAAGGCGUGUGCAUUACUGACGCUGACUAUGAAGCCCAUACAAGAUAUAUCAAGCGACAAUGCUUUCGCUAUGGGGGAGACGAUAACAGACUGGCCGCCUACAUCGAGCUACCCAAGGCAUCAAUCCGCGAGUAUGCAGUAAUGAAUGGAAUCGAAGUUCUUCCAUAUAAGGACAAGCGAAGAUCUUUCGUGGUGACUACAGGAAAUCAGCCACUAUAUUUGGACAACGUACACGGAUGGGAGUAUGGCUAUCGCGACUUGUGAACUCGAUCGAAACCCAGGUGUCAUACCAAAACUUCAGCUAGCUCUGAUUCGAAACUUUUCUGCUCAAAUGACAAUUUUACUGCUGUUCUGUGAUUGUCAAAAUGUUAAAUUUGAAG